GUUCAGGUGUGUCAGUGAGACCGCUAUCGACGAUGCGUCAAGAGUCUUUACCGAUGUUGGCGGAGAGGUUGCUGGCGACGCGCGCCGCGGCACUAGUCGCGGGGCUCCCAGCCGAGCUGUACUCAGGCGCACUGCUGGCUGCUUGGCCACCCUCGCCUCCCGCGCCGCUACUACCUCCCCAAGACAUGGAGCGCGCACGCAAGCGACGUCGCACGCCCAAGCUGGAGGAGACCACUACCGCACCACCUUCUCCGCCGUCUUCAGGCUCAUCACCCGGAGCUGCUGACCCACCUCGGGAUAAGCUGUUCACCUGUAAGGUCUGCUCACGUUCUUUUGGCUACAAGCACGUCCUACAAAAUCAUGAACGUACACACACUGGUGAGAAGCCGUUCGAGUGUGGAGAAUGCCACAAGCGUUUUACGCGCGACCAUCACCUUAAGACACAUCUGCGCCUUCACACGGGUGAGAAGCCAUACAGCUGCCCGCACUGCCCACGUCAUUUUGUGCAGGUUGCAAACUUACGGCGACAUCUUCGCGUUCACACUGGCGAGCGACCUUAUGCGUGCGCUCGUUGUCCAGCUCGAUUUUCAGACUCUAAUCAACUAAAAGCCCAUGCAUUAGUUCAUGAAGGCGAUGCUCCUUUCGCGUGUCGAUGUGGGGCGCGCUUCAGGCGUCGGCAAGCAGCCGCUCUGCACAGAUGUGCCAGCAGUGGUUAUGAGCCUGACACGCCGAGUCCGCCCGUGGCGACAGCGCCCGACUGGCGUUGGGACGAGUGGCCCGAGCAGACCGAGCCCGAAGACCUGUCUCUGCCGCGAAGGCCGGCCACGCCGGACUCCCCCACCGACCUGCGCGUCCACUCCGCGUAG